GCUACUAGUACUGAAAGCAAUUAUUUCUAUGGGCCUAAACUGAUGAAUACUGAAAUGUAGGACAAAUCUACUUGUUGUCCCCCCAACAGGUCCCGAGCCAGCCACAGAGAUGGUUUUCAGCAAUGUCACAGAGUCUUCUUUCACUGUUUCCUGGUCCAAACCAAAGACCACAUUCUCAGGCUUCAAGGUCACAUACACCAACAUUGUCACAGGGGAAAGCAGCUUUGUGACCGUGGACACCCAGCAAUCUUAUGUGGUUCUGUCCAAGUUAUCUGCUGGAUCUUCGUUCAUCAUCACUGUAACAACCACACACGGCAGAUUGCAGAGUGACGGCCUUAUAUCCAUUAUGACCACAGUGCCCGCCCCUCCAACACAUCUGCAAGUGGUCAAUGUGACAGAUACCAGAGCUUUGCUUCAAUGGACACCCAGUCUGGGGAAAGUGGACCGCUUCAUUAUCAGCUAUGAGUCCUCGAAGACUCCUAACGUGACAGUGACAGUGAUGCUAUCUGGAAACUCAGUGGCGCACCAGCUGAGAGGCCUGCAGAGAGGUACCCUGUACACAGUCAAAGUCCUGAGCCAGAAGGACAGUCUCCAGAGCAUGGCCAUCUCAACUUCAUUUACUACGGCCAAUGUGGUUAAAGCUAACGAGGUGGGUGCUCGCUCUGCAGUGAUAGCAUGGAGGACAACCACUAUUGUUUAUCACAGCUACAGACUGAUCUACCAGGUGGCAGGAGAGGAGACAAAGGAGCUGACCCUGGACUCUUCUAUCACAGAGUAUAAGCUUACAGGACUGUUGCCAAUGUCCCGUUAUAUUGUUCUGGUACAAGGCGAGAGAGAUGGACAAUACACAUCUGUUGUCACCACAGAAUUUCUUACAGGAAAACUGCGCUUUCCCUUCCCUACUGAGUGCUCUCAGGAGCUGCUGAACGGGGCACUGCAGUCAGGAGAGGUAGAUAUCUACCCACAAGGAAAAGAAGGCCGAGCAGUGAGAGUCUACUGUGACAUGGAGGCUGAUGGAGGCGGCUGGACGGUGUUCCAAAGGAGGAUGAAUGGAAAGACAGAUUUCUACAGAACAUGGAGUGAAUACAGCGCAGGCUUCGGAAACCUUAGCGAAGAGUUCUGGCUCGGAAACGAGCUUCUCCACAACCUCACCAGUGUCGGCCCUGUGAGUCUGAGAGUGGAUAUGCGUUCAGGAAAUGAUACUGCUUACGCUCAUUACGCCAACUUCUCCAUCGACUCAGCAGAGAGGCACUAUAGUCUUGAGGUGUCAGGCUAUACCGGAACUGCAGGGGACUCUAUGAGGUACCAUAAUGGCCGUCCAUUCUCGACCCGGGACAAGGAUCCAGAUUCUCUGGGGAUCCACUGUGCCAGGGCUUACAUUGGAGGCUGGUGGUACAAAAACUGCUACAAGACCAACCUCAAUGGUCUUUAUGGGAUCAACAGUAAUAAUCAGGGAAUAGUCUGGAUAGACUGGAAAGGUAAAGACUCAUCCAUUCCCUUCACUGAGAUGAAGUUCAGACCGUCCAGGUUCUCUCCUGCAACUCAUGGCUGAGAAAACAUCAUCCUAAGUCAUUGGGUUCUCCGUCCUGAAAAACCUAACAUCUGACAGCUUGAGGAGUCCAGAAGACAGCGGAUCUCAUGAUUGCUGCAUGUAACUUUCAAACUGAAAUAGAUUGUAUGGUGGUUUUGACAGCUGUAUUCGCAGCUUUCAGUACAUUUGAGUCAAUGCGAAAGUUUCUUUUAUUUUCUGGAAAUGUACCAAAAAGUGAAAAAAAAUGUUUUAUUGCAACUUUUGUAUACUUUUCUACUGUUUUGCCUGACCCGUCCAUUAAAAAAACUAAAACAUUCUGACUCUUACAUUCUUGUGCAUCACCUUGGUAAGCCAACCCACUACUACUGUAAUAAAAUAUGCACUGUCUCACUUCAUUGGAAUA